AUGGCUGCCUCCGCACAACACGCAUCAAAGUUUCAGCGCUUCCUCAAUUCCGAAACCGGUCCCAGAACCGUCCAUUUCUGGGCUCCAGUCUUGAAGUGGAGUUUGGUUAUUGCUGGUCUCAAUGAUAUCCAACGGCCUGUGGAGAAAAUCUCUGGUACUCAACAAGCAGCUUUGUUUUGCACCGGUGCUAUUUGGACAAGGUGGGCUGGCUUCGUGAUUAAGCCUAAAAACUACUUGUUGGCCAGUGUCAACUUUUUCCUUGGCGGUGUUGCUGGUUAUCAACUCCUAAGAAUUGUCCACUACAGAACUUCCUUAGGUGACAGUCCUGCGCAAGUUUUCAAGUACAUUUGCCAGGGUGAGCCUGAUGCGGCUGCUGCUUCAAAGUCCUCCUAA